AUUCAUCCUCUGAGUCCUUUUCGAUGUCGUCUGCUGUCUCCCAUCUGUCGAGUUUUGGGUUGUCGCUCGAGUGUUUUUUUGUCUUCUUCUGAGCGUGAGAUCUCUUCCGCGCCAUGUUAUGGGUGUUAGUGAAGAAGGUGUGCAGGAGAGGAGAUGGUAGUAUUUUAAUAUAAUAUAUAAUUAUAUUUAUCUCUAAUAAUCUCCUAUCUCUGCUAUCUCCUACGGCGCCAGAAACCGAGAUUGUGAAAGCAGGCCUGUAGAAAUAAAUAAUAGAUAGAUACGCUCGAGUACAAUAAAAAUAAGUUUAGUCGCUCUGCUCUCAAAAUAUUCAUCCUCGCCGGAUAGUUUCCAAUUGAAGGAUUCCCAUUUGCUCUCUUCUAGCGCUACACUCACGACGAAUUUGAUAAAAUGUCUUUCGAAAGCUUAGGUAGUACAAACACCUUCCAAUGGCUCGCAAACCUUGGAACCGAGCAGAACACUGAGAACAAGCACUUCCUUAGAAAGACAUCUAUCAUUGCUACCAUCGGUCCAAAGGUUAACAACGUAGAGUCACUCACUAGCUUGCGUGAAGCUGGUAUGAACAUCGUUAGAAUGAACUUCUCUCACGGUUCAUACGAAUACCACCAAUCUGUCAUCGACAACGUUCGCACCACCGUCGCAGCAAACCCAGACCACAGACCACUCGCUAUUGCUUUGGACACUAAGGGUCCAGAGAUCCGUACCGGUUUGAUGAAGGGCGGUGAUGACAUCAAGGUAGCCCAAGGUCACGAAAUGUACGUCACCGUAGACCCUGCCUACGCAGAAGCCUGUGAUGACCAAUACAUGUACGUCGACUACACAAACAUCGUCAACGUCAUCGAGCCUGGAAAGUUGAUCUACGUCGACGACGGUAUCCUCUCCCUUUUGGUCCUCGCCGUCGAGGGCAAGAACCUCAAGGUUAGAUGUCUCAACAACGGUGUCCUCUCCUCACGCAAGGGUGUCAACCUUCCAAAGACCGACGUCGAUCUUCCAGCUCUCUCAGAAAAGGACAGAAACGACCUCCAAUUCGGUGUUAAGAACAACGUCGACAUCGUCUUCGCUUCAUUCAUCAGAAGAGCCGAUGAUGUUAAAGAAAUCCGUAAGGUCCUCGGUGAAGCCGGUAAGAACAUCAAGAUUAUCGUCAAGAUUGAAAACCAACAAGGUGUCAACAACUUCGACGAAAUCUUGAGAGAAACUGACGGUGUUAUGGUUGCUCGUGGUGAUCUCGGUAUUGAAAUCCCAGCCAGCCAAGUUUUCAUGGCACAAAAGAUGAUGAUCUCAAAGUGCAACAUUGUCGGUAAGCCUGUCAUUUGCGCUACUCAAAUGCUUGAAUCUAUGACCUUCAACCCACGUCCAACCCGUGCUGAAGUUUCAGAUGUCGCAAACGCCGUCCUCGACGGUGCGGACUGUGUUAUGUUGUCAGGUGAAACCGCAAAGGGUACAUACCCAAUCGAAUCUGUCAAGCUCAUGGGUGAAGUUUGUUUACUCGCCGAGCAUGCACUUGCCAACGGAAAGAUCUACCAAGAACUCCGCGCUCUCGCCCCAAGACCAAUGGACACAACUGAAACAAUCUCCUCAGUCGCUGUUUCAGCUGCUAUCGACCAAGGUGCUUCAGCUAUCCUCGUCAUGUCCACUUCAGGCAACACUGCUAGAUUACUCUCAAAGUACCGCCCACGUUGCCCAAUCCUUUGCGUUACCCGUAACGAACAAACUUCACGUCAGCUCCACUUGAGCCGUGGUGUUUACCCAAUCUUCUACAACGAAUCCAGACCACAAGACGAAUCAAACUGGCAAGUCGACGUCGACAACAGAAUCCGUUAUGGUUUGAAGAAGGCUCUCGACUUGGGUAUCGUCGAAAAGGGCACCACCGUCCUCGCUGUUCAAGGAUGGAAGGGUAACGCUGGUCACUCCAACACUCUCCGUAUUCUCUCUGUCCCAGAAAAUGACCAUGAGUACGCACUUCACCCAAUUGAAUAAGUAUCUAUGCCCUUAAACUAGUGCAUAACACAAUUUUCUGUCUUUUGUUUCAUUACCUGUCAAGGAUGUACUUGCAAUAUAAUUUUAUAUUAGAUUA